AUGGCUUUUUUCCACCAAGAAGAAAACGGAGUCCGUGUAAUUAAUUCCCACACUUGUCCAAGGGAGCCUCUAACCCCGCUUCCAGCUGCAAGGGUGGGUCACAACGCCCCGGCACACCGGGAACGGGGCGGAGCAGCGGCGGUGAUCCGGCCUGAGGGCGGCGCUGCCCCUGAGGGCGGCUCUCCCCCUGACCGCGGCACUGCCCCUGAGGGCGGCACUGCCCCUGAGGACGGCUCUCCCCCUGACCGCGGCACUGCCCCUGACCGCGGCACUGCCCCUGACCGCGGCUCUGCCCCUGAGGGCGGCUCUGCCCCUGACCGCGGCACUGCCCCUGAGGGCGGCACUGCCCCUGAGGGCGGCACUCCCCCUGACCGCGGCACUGCCCCUGAGGGCGGCACUCCCCCUGAGGGCGGCACUGCCCGGGUGGGUCACAACGCCCGGGCACACCGGGAACGGGGCGGAGCAGCGGCGGUGACCCGGCCUGAGGGCGGCACUGCCCCUGAGGGCGGCUCUCCCCCUGACCGCGGCACUGCCCCUGAGGGCGGCGCUGCCCCUGACCGCGGCACUGCCCCUGAGGGCGGCACUGCCCCUGACCGCGGCUCUCCCCCUGACCGCGGCUCUCCCCCUGAGGGCGGCUCUCCCCCUGAGGGCGGCACUGCCCCUGAGGGCGGCACUGCCCCUGAGGGCGGCACUGCCCCUGAGGGCGGCACUGCCCCUGACCGCGGCUCUCCCCCUGAGGGCGGCACUGCCCGUGAGGGCGGCACUGCCCCUGAGGGCGGCACUCCCCCUGAGGGCGGCACUGCCCCUGAGGGCGGCUCUCCCCCUGACCGCGGCUCUCCCACUGAGGGCGGCACUCCCCCUGAGGGCGGCUCUCCCCCUGAGGGCGGCUCUGCCCCUGAGGGCGGCACUCCCCCUGAGGGCGGCUCUCCCCCUGAGGGCGGCUCUGCCCCUGAGGGCGGCACUCCCCCUGAGGGCGGCACUGCCCCUGAGGGCGGCUCUCCCCCUGAGGGCGGCACUCCCCCUGAGGGCGGCACUGCCCCUGACCGCGGCACUGUCCCUGAGGGCGGCUCUCCCCCUGAGGGCGGCUCUGCCCCUGAGGGCGGCUCUCCCCCUGAGGGCGGCACUGCCCCUGAGGGCGGCGCUCCCCCUGAGGGUGGCACUCCCCCUGACCGCGGCUCUCCCCCUGAGGGCGGCGCUCCCCCUGAGGGCGGCUCUCCCCCUGAGGGCGGCUCUCCCCCUGAGGGCGGCGCUCCCCCUGAGGGCGGCACUCCCCUGAAUGCGGCUCUCCCCCUGAGGGCGGCGCUCCCCCUGAGGGCGGCGCUCCCCCUGAGGGCGGCACUCCCCUGA